ACGCUUAUGGGACUCUUCUGCCUUCAGCGAGUAUUGAUGUGCUGGUGAUCGAGACGGCAUGGUUACUUCGAAUGAUAUCGCUGAGAUAUAGAACGAUCACUCUAGUACGAUCAUUUGCCUAAGAAAGAUGAACAUGGGGCUCCGUUUAGUUCGUGUUGUUUGGUUUGCUUUAGUUUUCUUACGGUUCGAACGUGCGCAAGGAAGCGAAAAUGCUGAAGAAAGUGAAGUUGUUAUCAAUAACUAUAUCAACAGAUUACACGAAAACAGUUAUCUGCUAUCAUAUACGCUGAGUGAUGGUCAGUUUCGGUACGAAAGAGGGCGGUACAAAACAUCUGUAGAUAAAAGCAAAGAACCUGUGUGGUACGUGUCAGGCAGAUAUGGAUAUAAGUCCCCUGAUGGUCAGCUGUUUCGAUUUAGAUAUACAGCUGAUGAGAACGGUUACAGACAACAUCAAUUGACUGCUGAUGAGAACUUCGAGAAUGGGGGAAUAGUUGGAAAUAGAAUUGAUUUAAAAACCUUGACUUCGUUGGUUGGGUAAUGGAAUGUGAUGCGUUAAAUUGGUGCUAAACUAGUAAUAAAAUAAAUGAACAAGA